AUGCAGAAGACUUUUUUCGACAUAAAACAUAGGUUAUUGAGCGCAUUGGACGAUGAAUACAAUGUUACCGACAUGUCUACAGUGUUCGAGGUUAUUUCAACCCUUGAACAACUACCGGUUACCACCGAGGUGCUCGAGGCAACUCGUAUUGGUAAAAUGGUUAAUGAAUUACGACGUAAAACUGUGGACAAGCAAUUGGCCAAACGUGCAAAAGAGCUUGUACAGAGAUGGCGUAACCUAAUGAUAAAUAGUGCUCAAGUCAUACAACAGGCUAAGCUUCCUUCCUCACAGCCCAAUGGCAUGCUUAGCAACUAUAGUAAAAGACCUUUGACUUCACCUGAUCAAUGUACAGCACCUCUAAAAAAACCAAAAUUAAAUGGAAUACCUUCUUUAAACUUAAACAUCAUAUCACCACCACCAGUUCAAAAAACACCAGAACCCAUACCUAGUCCAGUUAAUGAGCUUGAUCCAGAACCUGAUCCUAUUUUAGAACCACAGGGUCCAAAAAAACGUGGCCGAAAAAAAGGUGGCAAAAAUUCUUCAAAACUAGGGAUAAAACCUACCAAUCCUGUGGAUUUGGAAAGAAUGGUAUGUGUUGGUGCCAGUAAAUUGAAAACCACCCAAGAAAUAAUUGCAUCAUUACGAAAAGAUGAUGAAAAUUAUCAGUUGGAAGAAAAACCACAAAUACCUGUGCAAGAGUUUCAGGACGAACCGUCUGUAACGAAAGUUGAUAAACCUAGUCGACCUAAAGUUUCAGACAUCGACCGACAAAUACAGGAAAUAUAUAAUAGAUUACCUCCUCUGGAUCUAGAAGCCAUAGACUGGAGUUCACCUCCACCAUCGCCACCGCGGCCUCUUCUGUCCCCUACUGAUUUAGUAGACGGAGCUCAAAUAGAAGGCGUUACUGGUAAUUGGGAAAAUGGUGAAACAUUUAGAGAGUGGCACGAGGUAUUAACUAGGGCAAACGAUACUGGUGAACCGCUUGUCAUACUACCAUACGUGAUAAUUGACUGACAGGGAUUUUUUCUACUAGACUUUGUGAUAAAGACAUUUCAAGUCUUAAUAAUGUAUAUACUAAAAAUAAUUUUUUAAUAAUAAAAGUGUAAAAAUUAAAUAAAAAUAAAAAAUUAUAAUAUUUACAUAGACAUGUAUCCGAUUACAGAUUGUGUCUUAUAAUGUUUUAUAAAACUACUUGUCUUUAAAUGCUGUAAAAAUGUUUACCUAUGUAUAACUUAUUGGAAAACUAAUACUACAAUUCCUAGAUCAAAGUAAUAAUCAUUGUUUUAUUUUUCAAAUGGAAAAUAUUAUCUGAUUUGUUAAGCUAGUCAAAAGACCAAGUUUAAUUUAUAAUAUAAUAAAUGUUAUUAUUUGUCUUGUAUUUUUUUUUUUUUUUGUACGCAACAAAGUAAACUUGAGUCAAACUGCAAAAUGCAAUUUCUUGUGCCUUCAUUGAUGUAAAUUUUUUUUAGCAAAUCUCAUCAUAAAUACAACAUGAUGUUUGUUACCAUAUAAUAAUAAAUAAAUAAUAAUAAUGUAUAUUUACAAUGAUUAUUAUUUAAAGAAUUGUUCUAAGGUA